AUUUAUUACGUUGGCAGUACUGAACUUCCGGUUGUGUCUAUGUCUACGCCUGCCAUUUUGAAACGGCAGUGCUUUUUGUUCGUGUGGAGCGCUUGCUCGCUGUGAGGAGUAGAUUGUGUUAGUCAAGUGUAGUUUUAUUUUAAUCGAACUUAUUCAAAAUGAGCUGGCAAGAUUAUGUCGACAAACAGUUAAUGGCAUCCAGAUGUGUUACAAAGGCUGCGAUUGCCGGUCACGAUGGAAAUGUCUGGGCUAAGUCGGAAGGCUUUGAAAUAUCAAAAGACGAAGUGGCAAAAAUAGUAGCUGGCUUCGACAAUGAAUCACUUUUAACAAGCGGCGGCGUGACGAUAGCGGGCACGCGGUACAUCUACCUCAGUGGUACAGACCGUAUCAUACGCGCGAAACUUGGCAAGGUCGGCGUGCAUUGCAUGAAGACGCAGCAAGCCGUCGUUAUUUCUCUGUAUGAAGAACCCAUCCAACCCCAGCAAGCCGCAUCCGUAGUCGAGAAGUUAGGAGACUAUUUAAUUACCUGUGGUUAUUAGAGAUCGAAGCGCGCCGUGAUCUAAGAAUACUAUAAGAUAAUAUUUUUUCCACAGGGAAAUAAGUAACUGCAUUUUGUAUAUUCUAUAAAGUGAUAAGGACCGUUCAGUUUCAUUGUUUUGAUAUUUGAUAAAUUAUGGCGCCAUAAGUGAGAUGCGUUUAGUAACUGUAUGCAGAUGCGAUUACUUUGCGGAUUCUGGACUCUUUUUAUACGCUCACCGCUUCCACAAAGUAAUUGCUAUUGUAAAAUGGUUUAAAAUUGUAUUUUAUAAAUUUGCUUUUAUCGACCAGUAUAGUGAAGCAUUUUCAGCUUUGCAUAACCGGUCUCAAAGCAUGAUGUAUAGAGAUUUUUUUUAGAUUUCUUUUCAAGCAUCGUGAUACUUAAUAAUUUACCUCGCGUAAAAUUCUGAAGUGUCGAAUGAUAAGGUUCAGUUCGCUGAUCUUUCGGAGGCCAUCCAGCUAGACAACCGUUGCCCAUAGAAAUGAGAUGCUUGACAAGAAUUUGUAAUAACCGCGUCAUGGAAUUAUGAAUGAAGUUAUCCAACCUAUAUUAUAUUACCUGCAUAUAAUUAUAAAUAAGCAUUUGUGUAAGGGCUUGUUACGAAUUGUAGAACUGAAGACACUGUAACCCAAGGUAUUACACGUUAAAUGAAAAAUCUCUAGUCCCACUGGAACCAUCGUGUGAGUUAAAUCCGAUACAUCAGUGCGAGACGGCGGGCGAGCCCCACGCUGCGUCGCGCGGCUCCGGGCCCUAUAUACCCGCUAUUGCAAAUAUCUGCUAUGCUUUUUGUUGUGCCGCGUUUAUAUCUUGUGUAGUUAUAAAUAAACAUUUUGCAUUCUGUUCUACUUUACCUCUUAGCUGCCGAAAAUAGAAGCGCUCAAGUACUCUAUAUCCUCAAACAAGGCUUGCAGUAAUCGAAGGGUGCAUAUUGUUUAUAUUUGAUAUUACUACUAUAGCUUUGUACAUUGUUUCUGAUAAGCGAUGGGAACUGUGUCUAUCUAAUAAUAAAAUGAUUUGUAUUAUAA